AUGAAAGCAAUAUUGGUACAAACUUUGGCACUUGUGACACUUCUCGAGUUGUUGGUUUUGAUCCCAAUUGAGGGAAAAUCAACACCAAAGACAUUGCACCAAAAUGGUACUACUAGAGUCCCAUCAUCACCAAUUUCACCAUGGGUGAAGAAUGUGGUGAAAGCAAGAUCAUCAGGGUGCCGUGGUAGGUCAUGGGUGUGCAACCAAGGAGAAUUUCCACCAAGGAGCUUGUGCUGUAGGAACCGUUGUGUGAAUGUGACUUCUGAUAGGAACAAUUGUGGGUUGUGUGGGAUUAGGUGCCCCUUCAAUUGGAAGUGUUGUGGAGGCUUAUGCAGGAACAUAAACUUGAGCAUUUUCAACUGUGGCAAGUGUGGACAUAGAUGUCCCUUUGGGACAUUGUGCUUCUUUGGGACAUGCGGGUAUGCAUAG